AAUAAUAAUGAGAAAAGGCCCAACUCACACACAGACAGUGGGACAUUCAUGUUAAACAGGUGCCUGAGGGAGUGAGGCUGCACCUUUAUUGUGUUACAUAGUUUCCCCCCAGGGGGCAAAUUAAGGCUCCACCCUCUCGUUAUCCCAUGCUAAUUACCUGCCUUUGAUAAACAUGUGACUAUGCUAAUGAAGGGCGUUAGAGUACAGGAACCCAUCAGCCUUCCUUUCCAUAUUGUGGGAGGAACCUUUUCCCCCAAACAAAGGCCCCGCCCAUAGGGGGUGGGAUCCAAAAUGGGCUAAAAAGCUGCGGGAAUGAGAGCUGAGUUAGUUUGGGGAAGAGACGUGUGGGUACAGGGUACAGGGGCUCUGCAGGCUAAUGAGGAGACUCUGCCCAAGGACAGUUAUUUACUUAAAAACAGAAGAGGCACAGAAGCCCCAGAAGCUGACAAUUCUCGGAUUCUUUGGAUAAAGACAAGAGGCCAUUAGACCGUGCAACUUCUCCAACACCAGGAAAUCCACACAUUGGAGAGAAAAAUCUGUAUCCGACUGAGAAAAAGCUUUAGUGCAAUGAGCAUUCCCAACUCCCAGAUGGAACUUCCCUCAGUGGCACAACAUGAAUGCCCAGAAUGUGGGAAAAGAUUCUUGGAAAAAACCAAACUUACUAUUCAUUACAGAUGUCACACCGGGGAGAAACUAUUCAUGUGCACGGAAUGUGGGAAAAGUUUCAGGAAAAAACAACACCUUACAGAACACCAAUUUAUUCACACGGGGGAGAAACCAUUCAUAUGCACAGAAUGUGGGAAAUGUUUCAGGCAAAAGCAAGUCCUUACAGAACACCAAUUAAUUCACACAGGGGAGAAACCAUUCAUGUGCAUGGAAUGUGGGAGAAGUUUUAGAGUAAAAAGAAUACUAAUAGAACACCAGAGACUUCACACAGGGGAGAAACCGUAUGCAUGUACAGAAUGUGAUAAACAAUUCAAUACAAGGAGUAACCUUCUCAGCCACCAGAGGGUUCAUACAGGGGUAAAACCAUUUGUGUGCAUGGAAUGUGGGAAAAGCUUCUCCGACAAGAGCACCUUUCAGAGCCACCAGAGAAUUCACACGGGGGAGAAACCAUUUUCUUGCACAGAAUGUGGGAAAUGUUUCACCCAAAAGACCAAUCUUAACGCCCAUUACAAGAUUCACACAGGGGAGAAACCAUUUUCUUGCACAGAAUGUGGGAAAUGUUUCACCACAAAUAGACAGCUUAGCGGUCAUUACAAGGUUCACACAGGGGAGAAACCCUUUGCUUGUGCAGAUUGUGGGAGAUGUUUCGUUUUACAGGGAAGCCUUACCAAACACCAGAGAAUUCAUUUGCAAGAUCAACUUUUAUGUGUAGGGAAUUCUGGAAACCUUAUUCUACAAAGUCCAACCAGCAACACCAUCAUCCCCACAGGGGAGAAACCAUUCACUUGCACAGAAUGGGGUUUCCCCAAUAGAAGGUUUCAUCACCUCCCCCAGAAUAUUCAUACAGGGGAAGAGAUACAGUCACUGAUUUCUCCUCCAUAUUCUCCCAUUCCAACAUUGCCUAUUGGCCAUUGGAGCUGCCAAUCAUAUCUGUAGGUACCAACCCACACACUAUGGGGUUAUUUGUAUGUAAAAUAUAUUCCUCAAUAAAUGUAAUGCAAUAUUUCAGUU